GAGUGGCCACGUUGCGCGCCAUUGAAGACCAACUCAAAAUGAAGUCGUGGAGCUUCUUCAGGAUUCUGGUUCUGCUUCGCUGCGGAGAAAAUUGGAGCAUUCUCGAAGAACCACACUCGCUCCGGAUUCGUUGCUGUUCCUAAAAAUGCCGGGAGAUGGUGAAAUCACAGAGGAUCCAAUCAUUGAAGCGAGCAGCAAGGAGGCAUGCGAUUCGAAAGCGACGAAGCGGUUUGCCGAUGAUAUCAUGCCUCAUAUUCUCAAUCUUUAUGGAUCUUCUGCAACGCCUAGGGAUUUCGAAAUCUACGCUGCCGAUGCUUCAUUCGAGGAUCCACUGACGAGAGCUCACGGAGUGAAGGAAAUCAAAUCGGCAUUUUAUUCUCUGUCCAAGGUCUUUAGUGAAUCAAGAAUUGUGGAAUACAGUGUCAAAGAGAAACUUAUUUCCCCUGGAAAACACGAGAUUACAGUCGAUAAUAAGCAACACUACAAGUUUCUGGGAAGAAACAUAGAUUUGGAAUCACUCAUCAAGUUGUAUGUUCUUGAAGGAAAAGUAAUUCGUCAUGAGGACUGGUGGAAUAAGAAACCACUUUUGAAUAGAGAAACAGUGAAGUUACCAAUGGUUGGUCGAGUUUUGGAAAUGACUCGUAGAUGUGCGAUGUUAGCAACUCAUGCAAUGAUGAGAUUUGGCAAGGAUUGAACUGUACCAAACCCAUCCAUUACACUGAAUCAGUAUAGCUUCUCUCUUUCAGUAUGUAGAUUUACAGUGUAUCGCCUCGAUGGAAAUGAGAACAAAGGUUAGUACAUUAUUAUUACUACUACUACUACUACAAGUUUGUAUUUUCUAAAUUUUGUUGUGACUAUGAUGUAAGUAGUUGAUCGUU